GCCUUUUGCUAAUAUGAGGGACGCUGGAAUAUUUUUAAUUAGAUAGGAAGCCUACAGAAUCGGAGGAACUGGAUAUGAUAUUUCUAAUGCAUUACAGGGAAACGCCAAGCAUAGAAAGAAUAACGAAAUAGUAAUAAAUACUAGUACUUGAUUGAUUGUCAAACAGGACGACUACGAAUCUGGUUAGAUUAUAAUUAUGUAUUAAGAUAAAGGAUCAUAUGUGGAUUAUAUGCAGUGCAGAUAUACCACAUCAGAUUAAAUUAAUUAAAUGAACAAUUUUUUAUACAGAAAGGACAAACAAAUUUUGUGACAGGAUGCUCGCAGGAUGUUGUGAAACGUUCACACAUCCAACAGGAGUCCCAAGUCUCAAAGCAACUUACACUGAGAACACGUCGGAAUUUCAUGAUGUGAGACAACUUUCUAAUCUGUCCCCAAUAAUGGACAAUCACAUCGGGCUUGAUAUUGAGAUAACUGUCAUAAAUGUGACGGAUGAUAUCAACGUAGCCACAUAUGCAGAGAUGUACUAUGAUAACAACAUAACUUCAGCUGGUAAAGUGAUUCCGAGAUGGGAAGUUUACAUAGAGGCAAUAUUGUUGUUCAUAGUGAUGGUUUUUGGAGUAUUUGGAAAUAUAAUGAUACUCAUAGCAGCUCUCGUGUCAGAAAAACUGCGGAAGCCUCUACAUCUGCUGAUAUUGAACAUGGCUUUUGUGGACUUUCUGACAUGCGCUAUCGCGUGUCCCUUCCACGUUUACGGUAUAGUUAACCAUGAAUGGAGACUUGGUCAAAUGUGGUGUGACUUUGCAAGGGCUAUCUUGUCCAUGGUAUUGGGUGUAUCCCUUCUUAGCAAUACGGCUAUCGCCGUAAAUAGGUAUUGCAGCUCAAGUGUACUGUCAAAGAGCAGGAAAAUAGUUUGCAGCAAAGUUGGCACGCUGGUUAUCAUUCUUUUCAUAUGGCUCUCGGUAUUCUCGCUUUUAGUGAUGCCUCAGAUCACUGGGUUUAUCAUCAUCAGCUUCAUUCCUGAGUAUGGUUACUGCACACCAGCGUCUCCGUACAAAAACACUAUAAUCUACUAUGUGUAUUCCUACGCCAUCGGCUUCAUCAUACCGUUCAUAGCCACGUGUAUUUGCUACUAUAAAAUCUUCUGUGUCAUCCGUGAGAGGUUGAAUCUACUGAGGACAGAACGGUCCCGACAAGAGUUCAUACGGGCUAGUAAAAGGAUGGCAAUGAUAUUUACAGUGUUUUGUAUAUGCUGGCUACCUGAUUUCAUUCACAAUAUCAUAUUCCUGUAUACAGAUAUUACUGAACCUUGGAUCAUACGAGGGCUGGCUAUUUUAUUACUCAGCAAUUCUGCUAUUAAUCCCUUCAUUUACGCUCAUAAGAUCAGUGCAUUUAGGUUAGCGUUAUCUGAGCUUUUCGCUGCUAAGAAGGUGGAUAAUGCCAGUAGUGAUGACAGGAGGGUAACGCCAUCUCGAUUGGGCUCUAGAGCAGCCCGAACUGUGGGAGAUACUACAUUCUUGUAGUAACAUUCACGUGUAUUCGUCUGGUUUUACUACAGUCUGACACAAAUUACAAUAC